CGAACGCUGACGAGCCGGUUCGGGGCCUUCCGACCGACUUCCGAUGAGGCCCGAAGCGGCCCGAGCCGCUCGGGCCCCUUGCGAAGGCGGCCGGCGCGCGCGCUCCCUGCCGGCUGGCCAAUGGGGCGCGGCCGAGUCCGCGCGGCGCGGCCCGAAGCGGUACCUGACGGAUCGGGUGAGACCCGAGCCCGCCCGAACGCGGCCGAGUUCCCGAGCAGUGCGGCCCGGCGAGGCGAAGAGUCCCGAGCGCGCUCGAGCCGUUUCCGAUCUCUGCCGAAGGCGGUAGCGAGGAGCGCCGAUGUGUGCCGAGUCCUCUCCGAUCGCACCCGAGCUCCGAUCGCCGGCCCGAACGGAGACGCCCGAACGGGCAGCGCCCGAAUCCGCCCGAAAGAGACCGAACCGGGCCGAACGCUCCGAUCGCGCCCGAAGGCGGGUGGGCGGGGCGAGCGGCCGCGCGCGGGCUGCCGGGACGGCGGAGGACCGGCGGGCGGGCGGGGUGCCAAGAUGGCGGUGCCGAGCCGAGGAAGAACAUCAGAGAUUCUGUCAUCACUUCCCUUACAGAUCCUGCUUUAUGUAAAUGGGAUUUAUUACAUCUUCUACUUCCUGGCAACUCUUGCAAUGAUCAUUUACAAAAGUCAAGUUUUCAGUUAUCCAGAUGAUUUUUUGGCUCCUGAUCUUGCUGUGCUUUUCCUUUUGGCCAUUCUGGAAGUGCUUCGAUUGUACUUGGGUUUCAAGGGUAACCUGACAGAAGCAGAGGCCCCGCUGGGGCUGAGCCUGGGGCUCACGGUGGGCAGCGUGGUGCUGUGCGUGUACCUGCUGCUGUGGCAGACCUACGUGCUGUGGGCAGACGUGCUCCUCAACGCGGUGCUGCUCUCGGCCUACGGGCUCGAGUCAGGGCUCAAGGUCAUGGCCAUCGCUGCCUUUGUCAGCUGAGCCUGGCCCCUUCCCACAAGCCCGCCACACAUUCCUUCUCUGAAAGAGUGGGGUUUCACUUCCACUAUUGAAUUCCUUUGUAUAUAAAAACCCUGUAAAGCUUCUCUCUGUUUAAAUUAGAAGUUUUGGGGACAGAGGUGUCCUGCCCAGCAGAUGUGUGACGCUGUCCCACCGUUGGCUUAUUUAUGGGCAAAGGCAAGGGAUAAAAAUCAGCAAAACCCAUCAUGCUCUGGCAUUCACCAGGGAUCAGUACUAAUUACCCACUCCUAACACAGGGUAGGAGCCAGUGCUGCUGGCAUGGUGGGAGUUUUCAUGGCACAGCAGCAACAUGCAGCCCAAGUGACACAGAAAUGAAUCAGGCCAGGGCUCACUUGUGCCUUGCCACGCACACGUCCAUGUUUGAGGGCACAGCUGCUCUCCUGCUCUCAUUUGUGUUUCUAGACCUCAGUGGUAAUUUCCCUGACUUUAGUAGGGCAGAACCCGAUGUAUCCCAGUGGGGGAGAGUGGAACUGGGUUUUGUGCAUACCUGGAGAGCCAAGCCACAAGGUUUGGCAGCCAAUUCUUAGUGACACACUGCGUGAGGGGAUGUUUGGUUAAACAGGAUGGCUUUUAAAUUAACAAAACCAUUCACCAUUCAUUUUCCCUUCUGUCCUGUUUAAAAGUCCAACAGCAUGUUGGCAGGCUUAUUUCUGUUUGGUGUUAAAUGUGCUUAUUUCUGCUAUUCUGCAAAAAUUACUACAUUCAAGCCUGUCUUUUACCUUCUAACUGGUGCAAGUGCAGAGUUUUUUACUGUAUCAAAAAUAUAUGUUAAUGGAAAGCUUUGGGAGUUUCUGGGUUUUUGAAGAAGCCGAUUUUGUAUUCAGAAUUUCCUAUUUUUGUAUUUAUUUAUUCAUUCAAAUAAAUAAUGGUUUAGAUCUAA